AUGACAAAACAAACUCAAUAUAUUCUGGUGCCUUUAGCUUACAAUUUGAAAGUUAAAAGUUUCAUUAAUAAUAUAGUUACAGGUACAUUCAGAGUAUUAAUGACCAAGGCAGAAAAGAUUGUAGACGAAUCUUUGAAAUUCGAUAAUCAACAAUCACUUAUCAUCAAUUGUGCAAUCACAGCACCAGUUGACGAUGACACUGUUAUACGAAUCAUUGUUAGUAUACUAGACUCUACAAUUAGUGAACUCAAUAUCGGUUUGUAUCUUGACAGUGAUGAUGUGCCCAAACUUGAAGAUCACUACAAUCAAGAGAAACGAUUACAAUCACAAGUUGGCACAAGAGCAUAUAGAUACCAUUUGGAUGUUGAUAAAGUGAUGGAGAUGGCGAGUCAUGUCUUGGUGAUUGGCCUGCCUACGAUAGCUAUUCAAUUGAAACUCUUACCUUUCGCAACUUUGAAAGCUUUGGACAAAGCAGAUCAAUAUUGCAACAACUUCGAAAGAAUCACUGUGAAUCGAAAAGAUAUUGCAGACUUUGAUACACAUGCGCUACUGGAUAACAUCAAGUUAUCCUACUGGAUAUCACCAUUUGAUAAAUAUGAAUUUAAUGUUUAUUAUGUCUUUGAACUUGAGCCUGAUAUUAACCAAACUGAUUAUUUCAUUAUUUCAUAUUCAAUCCUUAAUGGUGAGGAAAGUGUUAGUACCCCGAUGAUAAAUGGUGAAUUAUCUAUUACUUUUCAAAUUUUAUCUUCGAGGUUCUUUUAA